AUGCCUAUAGCAUCCACGGGGGCAGUUCCAGUUCCGGAGAGCCUGUUGUUUUCUCCACCUGCACUGGUUCCCCUGGAAUCUGUCUCUUUUAAGAGUCUGCUGGAAACCAUCAGUCCUGCUGAGGUGGAGCAGCUGAGGAGGAGCUGUAAAGGCAGCAUGCAGUGCGUCCAUGACACACUAGCUUCUGGAAGCUCUGACCUGGGCAAGUGGACUCUGGAUGCCGAGAAGCAAUAUCAAGACCUGGCUCGGAUUUAUGGUAAUAUGCCUCCCAUAGUGACAGAGCCCACAGUGAUCCGCUGUAAAGUCAACUCUACUAUCAGCAUUAAGAUUGUUGCUCAGGACCCAAAUGGAGACCCCAUCACCUACUCGCUGCUCUACCCCAGGCCUGCACGGGCUUCCAUAAGUAGCGGUGACGGCCUCCUGACAUGGACGCUCCUCACCACACAGCCUGUCCAGCUGACCAUCAAAGUCAGUGACGAGCUCACCAGCUCUCUGUUCACCCCUAUUGUACGCGUCUGCAACUGCCUCAACGGAGGAACCUGCCAAUAUGACAGCAUCACUGAGAACCACCUGCAGGGAAGGUUUCAGGUGGUGGGGUGCCUGUGCCCAAAGGGAUUCAGUGGAAAGUUCUGUGGGAGCACUCCAGACGUGUGUCGAGGCAAACCCUGUUUCCGGGGAGUGCAGUGCCAGUCCGAGUCAAAGCCUGACCAGUUCACCUGUGGGGAGUGUCCAGAUAACACUGUCUCUGGGGGAAAACAGGGAUACAAGUGCUUUGAACGUGACAUGUGCAGCCCUCCCUUCCCUUUCCCCUGCCACAAAGAUGCCAACUGCCGCAGCACAAAACAAAACUACACCUGCACAUGUAGGCCUGGAUUUACAGGAAAUGGACACAACUGCACAGAUAUAGAUGAGUGUGCAGAGCUCUCAACCUGUCCCAAUGCUAAGUUUGAGUGUAAGAACAAGCCCGGGUCUGUCGACUGCUUUUGUAGAUACCAGAACUCGAAGGACACUGAUGGAUGCGGUGACUCUGCCAAUCCUCCAGGGUGUAAUGUGUUCAAUGUCUCUGUGGGCUGGACGAAGAACAGAUCUGAUGGACUGCAACAGCUGGUGGAUAUUCUGUCGAUGGGUUUCCAGAACAAAUUCUACAGUGCUAGUGAGAAGAAUCCAGCACAAGGAUCCAGUCCAAGUGUGGCUGAAUAUCGUAUCAACGUGUCUAGUGACACGCCCCACUGGUACAUCAGAGACUACCUGGCCCGAGUCAGCAGCCACUAUGACAUCAGCGCCAUAGAAGUUGAUGAUCUGGAUGAGUGUAAGGCCAGGGAGGCGGUGUGUGUCCAUCCCGCCCUCUGUGCCAACACUUACGGAGGCUACAGAUGUGUUUGCAAUGGCACAACUGAUGUGGACGAAACCCAGUCGUGUAUAUUAGACAGGGACCAGAUGAAUGAUAGGGAGGUGGAUCUUGUUCUUGGCCUGGUUCUGGGCAUCGGCAUCCCUCUGCUUUUGCUGCUGCUCCUUGCUGCACUGGCCUGCUUCUGCUGCUGCAAGAAGACUGUUACGGGAGACCUCCCCCAUUUGUUGCCAGACUACGUCCAGGAGCAGUACAACCCUCCACCCUUCAACUAUUCUGACCCUGCCCUUCACUACGUUACCCACUUCAGCCCACGGAUCCUGGACAAUAUCACACCGAGGCAGCGCCUCAGAUAACACAGACUAAAACCAUACAGUGCUUUUGGAGCCAAUGUAUAUUCUAUACAACAAGUUAAACAACCCUUAUUUAUUACUGUAAUAAGUAAUUAAAACUGAGUGACUUUUAAAGUCAAUUAUUUCCAAACCUCUCUGCUGAGUGAUGGACCUGUCAAGUUCGAGCUAGAAGACUUUUCGCCCCGACAACUGUUUACAGCCAGAGUCUGACCCAGCAGAACUCGACCACCUCUUGGCUGGAGACAGUGAUGAAAAGUAAACCACUGCAGUGGUCUUUGGCUUCCAGCUGAUAGCAGGCCAAAAGUCUCUUUGAUAGCAACAUUAGUAUUUGCCAGAAUACCUGGCAUCAGGUUCCUGCCCUCAGUUAUAUUAAGUAUCAAGGUUGUCAUGAUUCUAGUUCAGAAUCUACAGUAUCUCAUUAACAUCAGAAAGUUUAGUCUCAUAAUCGUAAUAGAUCAUUUAUAUAUGUUAUUAAUUUGCAAACACUUCAAGUAGGCAUCACUGGUUUCUAAAAACAUUUAUUUCACUUAUGCUCUAAAUUACUGUUCAUUGCUGGAUUGUAUCCCAGUUAAAUUAACACAGCAGAGUAAUUCAGUCCUGGCAGCUUUCUUUUGUAAAGCUGGACUGUCAUUGCAAGUCAGAAAUCAAUGUGUUGAUAUAAUAUAAAUCAUUAAAAAUGCCACUUUAGCAA